AUGACGAUCAAUCUCGGCCGUCCGAUCUACGUACUCUCCUGGGUUUACACUCUCUUCAUCGUCUUGCCUGCAGUGUGCCAGGGACAGUCCACCAACAGUUCUUCGAAUAAUGGAUUUUCUGGAUCCUUCCACAUAGAUAAAUCCGGGGUGACGAUGGUCAUCAUCUUUGUCUCCGUCCUCUUCAGUGCGACCACCCUCUCAUACUACAUCUACCGUUUAUGUUGUAUCGAAGCCGUCACAAUUUCGCUACCCUUUCAGCCCUCUGCCGCAGACGGUGGUCCCACAUGCGGAGGUUUGGAUCAUGACAUCAUUGAGACAUUCCCGAUCCUCAUCUACUCCGAUGUCAAGAACGUGAAAAUCGGUGGCGAAUCAAUGGAAUGCGCGAUUUGCCUGAGCGAGUUUGAAGACCAUGAUACGCUGCGUUUUAUCCCAAUCUGUCACCACGUCUUCCAUCCGGACUGCAUCGACGCCUGGUUAUCUUCUCGCACCACUUGUCCGUUUUGUCGAGCGAACCUGACCGAGAAAUUCGAACAAGAACCGCCCGAAACAAACGGAGACAACUCUCAGUCCGAAUCAAUUGAAACAAACGCGCCCGAUCAAAUAGUAAUCGUCACAGCCAGCGAAGACCAAAACGUGAUCGUUCCACCAAGACCUAAGAAGGUACAUGGGAAGUUCUCAAGAUCCCAUUCGACGGGGCAUUCGAUGGUUCAAUCGACAGAGACUACGGAGAGGUACACAUUGAGGCUGCCGGUGGAUGUGAGGAGGCAAAUUUUGAUGGCGAACGCGAAGUUGAAUCGCGUGCGGAGUAUGAAUUUGCUUUUGGAUACUGAAGGGAGUUCGACGAAGGGUCGUAGAUCAUACGCCUGUGAUGAAGGUAGCGGAAAGGAUACAAGGUUGAAGAGCUUGCAAAUUGAACGGCCAAAGAAGUGGGUUUUUUGUGCUACGCCGCCGUUUGUUACGAGAGGAGGAGGAGGACGUUCGGUUCGGAUUGCGAGGUUCGGUAACGACAGAGAGGGAUCCACUUACGGUGGUUCGGUGAGGAUUACGAAAUUCGGUAACGAUCGGGAGGGAUCCUUUAACAGUGGUUCGGUUGGAAAUGCAAGGUCCUGUAACGACGUAGAAGAGUUGUCCGUUAACGGCAAGACGAGAUUACUGGCAUCGAUCAAGAUGCCAGAUUUCUUCUCUAGGAGGAGUGAUGGGGUCGAAGAGUCGUCUUCCGCUAGACUGUCAGUUUGA